AUGGAGGACGCUCACACGAAAUCCGUGGAUGAAGUAUUAGGAUACUUUGGCACAGACCCAGAUAAAGGCCUUACUCCAGAUCAAGUCAAAAGAAACCAAGACAAAUAUGGGCCAAAUGAAUUACCUGCUGAAGAAGGCAAAAGUAUAUGGCAGUUAGUUCUGGAACAAUUCGAUGACCUGUUAGUGAAGAUUUUGCUGUUAGCAGCUAUUAUUUCCUUCGUUUUAGCUUUAUUUGAAGAACAUGAAGACGCAUUCUCAGCCUUCGUGGAACCAUUCGUUAUUUUAUUAAUUCUCAUUGCCAACGCGGUCGUAGGAGUAUGGCAGGAACGGAACGCAGAAUCUGCCAUCGAAGCUUUAAAAGAAUACGAACCCGAAAUGGGUAAAGUGGUUAGAGGCGAUAAAGCUGGUGUUCAGAAAAUCCGCGCUAAGGAAAUCGUUCCCGGUGACGUAGUGGAAGUGUCCGUUGGUGACAAAAUUCCCGCCGAUAUCCGCCUUAUUAAAAUCUAUUCCACCACCAUCCGUAUUGACCAGUCCAUCCUGACUGGCGAAUCGGUAUCCGUCAUCAAGCACACGGAUGCCAUUCCCGACCCCCGCGCCGUCAACCAGGACAAGAAGAACAUCCUGUUCUCCGGUACCAAUGUCGCCGCCGGCAAGGCCCGCGGUAUCGUCAUCGGAACUGGUCUCAACACAGCCAUUGGUAAGAUCCGUACGGAAAUGUCUGAGACCGAGGAGAUUAAGACACCGCUGCAGCAAAAACUUGACGAAUUCGGCGAGCAGUUGUCUAAGGUUAUCUCCGUCAUCUGCGUUGCCGUCUGGGCCAUCAAUAUCGGACACUUCAACGACCCCGCCCACGGUGGAAGCUGGAUCAAGGGUGCCGUAUACUACUUCAAGAUCGCCGUCGCCUUGGCUGUCGCCGCCAUCCCGGAAGGUCUGCCCGCUGUCAUUACCACUUGUCUUGCUUUGGGUACCAGGAGAAUGGCAAAGAAGAACGCUAUCGUCAGGUCUCUGCCUUCCGUUGAAACUCUCGGUUGCACAUCCGUCAUCUGCUCUGAUAAGACUGGCACACUGACCACCAACCAAAUGUCCGUCUCUCGCAUGUUCAUUUUCGAAAAGAUCGAGGGUGGUGACAGCAACUUCCUGGAGUUCGAAAUCACUGGCUCCACAUACGAGCCCAUUGGCGACGUUUACCUGAAAGGACAGAAAGUCAAAGCCUCUGAGUUCGACGCCCUCCACGAAUUAGCUACCAUUUGCGUCAUGUGCAAUGACUCCGCUAUCGAUUUCAACGAAUUCAAACAAGCCUUCGAGAAAGUCGGUGAAGCUACCGAAACCGCCCUAAUCGUGCUCGCGGAGAAAAUGAAUCCCUUCAACGUCCCCAAGAGCGGUCUCGACCGCCGUUCCUCCGCCAUCGUGGUUCGCCAGGAGAUCGAGACCAAGUGGAAGAAAGAGUUCACCCUCGAGUUCUCCCGUGACAGGAAAUCUAUGUCGACCUACUGCACACCGCUGAAGCCCUCGCGCCUCGGCACCGGACCGAAACUGUUCGUCAAGGGUGCCCCUGAAGGUGUAUUGGACCGCUGCACCCACGCCCGCGUCGGAACCACCAAGGUCGCCCUGAACACCACUCUGAAGAACCGCAUCCUCGACCUGACCCGCCAGUACGGCACCGGCCGCGACACCCUCCGUUGCCUAGCGCUCGCCACCGCCGACAACCCGAUGAAGCCCGACGACAUGGACCUCGGCGACUCGUCCAAGUUCUACACCUACGAGGUCAACCUCACGUUCGUCGGCGUCGUGGGCAUGUUGGACCCCCCACGCAAGGAAGUUUUCGACUCGAUCGUCCGCUGCCGCGCCGCUGGCAUCCGCGUCAUCGUGAUCACCGGCGACAACAAGGCCACCGCCGAAGCUAUCUGCAGGCGUAUCGGUGUGUUCACCGAAGAUGAGGACACCUUUGGCAAGUCCUACUCUGGCCGCGAGUUCGACGACCUGCCCGUCUCUGAACAGCGCGCUGCCUGCGCCAAGGCCCGCCUCUUCUCUCGCGUAGAGCCCGCCCACAAGUCCAAGAUCGUUGAGUACUUGCAGAGCAUGAACGAGAUCUCCGCUAUGACUGGUGAUGGUGUAAACGACGCCCCCGCUCUGAAGAAGGCCGAAAUCGGUAUUGCCAUGGGAUCCGGUACCGCCGUAGCCAAGUCCGCCGCCGAGAUGGUACUUGCCGACGAUAACUUCUCCUCCAUUGUCGCUGCCGUUGAAGAAGGUCGUGCUAUCUACAACAACAUGAAGCAGUUCAUCCGCUACCUGAUCUCCUCGAACAUCGGCGAGGUGGUGUCCAUCUUCUUGACCGCCGCCCUGGGCCUCCCCGAAGCCCUGAUCCCCGUGCAGCUGUUGUGGGUCAACUUGGUCACUGACGGUCUGCCCGCCACCGCCCUCGGCUUCAACCCACCGGACCUUGACAUCAUGGACAAGCCUCCCCGCAAAGCCGACGAAGGUCUCAUCUCCGGAUGGCUGUUCUUCAGGUACAUGGCUAUCGGUGGUUACGUCGGUAUGGCCACAGUCGGUGCUGCUUCUUGGUGGUUCAUGUACUCCCCAUACGGACCCCAGAUGACCUACUGGCAACUCACCCACCACUUGCAAUGCCUCAGCGGAGGAGAUGAAUUCAAGGGCAUUGACUGCAAGAUCUUCACUGACCCUCACCCUAUGACCAUGGCGCUGUCAGUACUUGUCACCAUUGAGAUGUUAAACGCUAUGAACAGCUUGUCCGAGAACCAGUCGCUGGUCACCAUGCCCCCCUGGUCCAACAUGUGGCUGGUCGGCUCCAUGGCUCUCUCCUUCACACUCCACUUUGUCAUUCUUUACGUUGAGGUUCUCUCGGCGGUGUUCCAAGUCACGCCACUGUCAGUAGACGAGUGGGUGACGGUGAUGAAGUUCUCCAUCCCCGUCGUCCUCCUGGACGAGGUGCUCAAGUUCGUCGCGCGCAAGAUCUCCGACGCGAACGAGGUGGUCAUUGACAAGUGG